ACAGUGAAAUCAUUCCUCCUGACUGCCUGCGGCCCCGCUCUUUCACCGCCAUCCGCCGGCCCUCCCUGCGGCGGGAGACGGAGGACACGCGCCUCUCGGUCAGCCUGUGUGACCUCAACCUGCAGGAGGAGUCUUUCCAUGUCACGGCCACCACGUGUCCCAUCCCGCAGAACUCCCUCAACUCCCAGCACUCCCACCUCCUCCCCUCUCAGCUGGAGAGCGACCUCCGCUUCCACCACCUCCGGGGACCCCACGUCAAAAUCCUCGAUGACCAAACCGUGGCCCGUCUGGAGCACGCCCGAGAGGAGAGGACUUUGGUUUUCACCAGCAGACCCCUGCGGAUCAAUGAAACCAUUUUUGUCAAAAUCAACAAGUCCAACGCCGUGCGCACGGGGACGCUGUCAUAUGGGGUGACAUCCUGUGACCCCAGCACCUUGCGCCCCAGUGACCUUCCCUAUAACCCCGAGUCCUUGGUCGACCGAAAGGAGUUCUGGGCCAUCUGCCGAGUCGUGGUGCCCCUCCAGAGCGGAGACAUCCUUGGAUUUAUGGUGAAUUCAGAUGGUGAGCUGCACUUGAGUCACAACGGUGCCAGCACUGGCAUGCAGGUCUGCGUGGACUGUUCUCAGCCCCUCUGGAUGUUCUUCGUUUUACAUGGCGCAGUCAUGCAAAUUCGAUUGCUGGGUUCCACCAUAUUAGCUGAACGGCUGGGGCUGUCCACACCAAGUUCGCCCACAUCGACACCCAAUUCCCCCACCAUCCUCUGCAGUGGCGUCUCUGACCCUAUAUUGUCUACGUGUGGCUCUGGCCCCCUCUGCAGCUCUAUCAGUGGCACAGCCCCCAACUCUCCCAUCAGCUUGCCUGAGUCACCCAUCUCCCCGUCCGUCUCAGGGCCCUGGGGAGAUGAAUGCACCAUCUGCUAUGAGAACAUGGUAGACACGGUCAUUUACUCCUGUGGACACAUGUGUCUCUGCUAUUCAUGUGGGCUGAAGCUCAAGAAGAUGGCCAAUGCUUGCUGCCCCAUUUGCAGACGGGCCAUCAAAGAUAUCAUCAAAACAUACCGCAGCACUUAGAGCAGCAGCAGAUGCUGUGGUGGGGACUGGACAGGUGGAGAGGAGGCUGUGAAACAACACAGGUCUUGAUCUCUAUUCAUCAUCCAGGAGAUUCAAAAAUCAAUCAUCACUCACCACCACCCUGAUCCCCUUUUCCAUGGACAACAGAUGAGACAAGCAUAGAUGCUGCUCUUCUAUCCUCCAAGCAAGUCCUGGAGCUGAACUCCAGUGUGUCAGGGAAGUUGUGAUGGACUACUCUCCCUUAUGGAUUUUAAACUUUAUC